AUGCACGACCAGCUGAAGAAGAAACAGAAGGAGGUCCAGAAGGUUCUGAAGACCCUGGACACCCAGGUGGAGCUCAGGAGGGGGCAGCUGCAGGAGGCCCACCAGCUGCAGCUGUUCAGCGCCAACCAGCGCCUCCUGCUGGAGUGGAGCGUGAAGCAGAGCGCCGACAUGGCGGAGAGAGGACUCCCCAAGACCCGGGCCGAGGCCGAGCGCCUCCUCGGGGAGCAUCAGGACUGGAAGACGGAGAUCGACGCCCGCGCAGAGCGCAUCGACUCGGUCCGGGACUUUGGCCUCGGGCUGAUCCGAUCGGGUCACGGUUCUAAGGCGGAGAUCCAGAAGGCCCUGAACCAGCUGGAGGAGGCUAAAUCCGGACUGGACCGAGCCUGGCAGAACCGCAGCACGACCCUGGAGCAGGCCCGGACUCUGCAGGUGUUCCUGUCUUCUGUUGAGCAGUUUGGGACCUGGCUCAGCAACAAGGAGGUCUUCCUCUCCAACCAGGACCUGGGG